GAUAUUGAUUCCAGUGAUUAAUUGAAACCAGACAACAAAGCUUGUUUCUUUUUCACCCUCAUUGCCCAUCAUUCCUCCUCCACCAACUCCUCUCCCCUCCCUUAUUCCUUAUCUUUUCCCCUUGCUUUGUUUCUUGCCCUUUUCUUGUUUGGUUGGUGCGCAAUGCGGUGGAAUGACUGGAAUAGUGUUUGUCUUCAAUGAAAAUGAGGGAAAGGGAAGGAAAGGGAAGUGAUUGAGAAGAAGAACAAAACCCCAGAGCAGAGUUGGUUCCUUCUUUCUCAACAUUCCUUUCCCCAAGUAGGGAAAUUUCUUCCUUUCCCCCUUUCUGCAUUUUUGGGCUAAAGAUGAGGAGGCAUGGUUGGCAACUUCCAUAUCACCCACUUCAGGUGGUGGCUGUUGCUGUGUUUCUGGCUAUGGGUUUCGCAUUCUACGUAUUUUUUGCUCCUUUUGUGGGGAGGAAUAUGUUUCAAUACAUUGCAAUGGGAAUCUACACCCCUCUGAUCAUGUGUGUCUUCGGCCUAUAUAUUUGGUGUGCAGCAUCUGAUCCUGCAGAUCGUGGAGUUUUCAGAUCCAAAAAGUACCUUAAAAUUCCAGAGAAUGAGAAACAUCCUCAGCAUAAAGCCCUGAAACAAGGUACGGAAUCAGCCUCAUCAAUGCAGGACGGGAAUUCAUCCACCAUUGGAGGGAAGUCAGUUGAGAAGGGUGUGGGGGAGGGUGCAAAUGCAGCUGCAGCUGUAACAGACUUGAAGAAUGAGACCAAGGCAAAGUCUUCUUGUUUGUUGUUGGCUCUCUCUCCUUUUGCUUUCAUAUGUGGUAGGUGCAUUCCAAGUGAUAAACACUCUGAGCAGUUGAGUGAAGAUGGCAUGUUCUAUUGCAGUUUGUGUGAAGUUGAGGUUUUCAAGUACAGCAAGCAUUGUAGAGUUUGCAAUAAAUGUGUUGACCGGUUUGACCAUCACUGCAGGGUAAUACAAGGUUCUUAAUUGUUUGAAAAAGCUUUGAACUUUGUCUCACUAACUCAUUUGAGGGCAUUGGUUUUUGCAGUGGAUUAAUAAUUGUAUAGGCAAGAAGAACUACAGAAAGUUCUUCACGCUCAUGGUCUCUGCUCUCCUCUUGCUUAUAUUCCAAUGGGCAACUGGGAUUCUUGUACUUAUUUGCUGUUUCGUCGAGAAGAAACGAUUUGUCAUGGAUAUCUCAUCCAAGUUGGGUAGCAGUUUCUCUAUGGUGCCCUUUGUGAUGGUAGUGGCAUUGUGCACCAUUUUGGCCAUGUUUGCAACUCUGCCCCUGGCCCAACUGUUCUUCUUCCACAUCUUGCUCGUAAAAAAGGGAAUCAGCACUUAUGAUUACAUAAUAGCUCUAAGGGAGCAGGAACAAGAGCAGCAAGGAGUCGGAGGUCAGCAGAGUCCUCAAAUGUCGCAAGUCAGCUCACUUACUGGACUAAGUAGUGCCAGCUCCUUCUCGACAUUCCACCGUGGUGCCUGGUGUACACCACCUCGACUGUUUCUUGAAGACCAGUUUGAUGUUAUUCCACCGGACACUGGAUCCGUAAGUUCCUAUGGUAAAAAAGCGAUCAGAGAAGACCCAACGAAGAAAAAAAACCCAGCUGCCGUAAAGAUCAGUCCUUGGACAUUGGCUAAACUGAAUGCUGAUGAGGUCUCAAAAGCUGCUGCUGAUGCCAGAAAGAAGUCCAAAAUCCUACAACCUGUGAUAAGACAGGAACCAUCAUUCUCGCUAGCGAGAGAUAACAGCUUUGGAAGCAGUGGGGGCCGAAUGGUCUCUAGACUUGACAACAGAAGACGAGUUAGCAAAAGGGUAAGACUCCCAGCUGAUUUGCCAAUGGAGCAGCCUGUAACUGCUGUUGGGGUCUCAGCAGGGGAAGUUUUCACGGGAACUUCUUCCUCAAGUUUGGCCCCACUUCAGUUCGAGGCUAGGAGUGCUUUCCAGCCAAGUAGAGGUUCAACGUUGGCAAGCUCCGUAGGCGUUGUUGCUGCAUCAUCUCCUGAAAGCAGUAGCUUAGACUCGCCAGAUAUUCACCCAUUUCGGGUUUCUUCAUCAGGAGCUGAAGAUUCAAGGAGACUCACUGGUCUCCUUCCAAUUGUGGGUGGUUCUAACAGUGGAUUCCCUCUCUCGAGAUCUACUAGUGAUGGGUAUGAAGCUUCUGGUGGUGAAGAUAGUGAUAGGGUUCCUACCAGGAUUGUGCAGAGAUCGACUAACUGGAGCAAUCUUCUCUUCCAGGCGAAUCAGGAUGAAGGGAUUAUGAGACUGAAAGCAGCAGCACCAUCAUCGAGCCAAACUUAUAGUGGAAAGCUUUAAGCUUUCGUUUUUGUUUGCCGGUCUCGCUCAUUCAUUUAAACAAUUCUUUCAUUCUUCGGCCAAAGUGAUACCUGGGUAGUUGGCCAAUUCACUUAGCUUAUUGAUAUAUAUUUGUAGUUUGGCUUCUGGAUUCAGAAGGCGGGUGGUGGUUCAAGAUGGAAGAACAAAUGCCAAUUGAGCUCAUUCUGUACAAGUUAUCUCUCUCUCUCUCUCUCUCAAUGAGUUUGCAAGAACAGCUUUCCCUAACUGGGAACUGAGGAUAUGUGUAGUGCUCAUAAUGUUCAGCUGCAUUCUUAUGAAUGGCCACCGCAGCAAAUCAACGUAAAUGACCCAUUAACUCCACUGAUAGUUCCAAUGUGAAAAUGACCUUCAUUUCCUUUGAUCUUAUAUCUAGUACAUUACAGCAACGUAAAUACCCAGACACAAACCCAUAAUCAAGCCAGCAUAAUAAAAGCAAACUCAACAAACGAUUCCAUCAGUAAACUUCAGUCAUAACGUACUAUUAUUCACAAGAUCCAUGGUUCUGAGUUACAAAAUGAAGAAACCGUCUUUGUUACACAAACACAAGGACAGGCACAGAAACAGAAACAGGGGGAAAUUGCUCGUUCUUUCUUAUCAAGUGUAGACAACAGAAACAAGAUGAGGCACCUUUUCAUCAUCGAAAGGCAAGCAGACAUACUCCCUCGCGAAUUCCUGCGCAAUCUCUGAAGCAAGCUCCCCGCGAACAGCCUUGCAGUACAUAUACAGAACCGUCUGCGCAGCGAAGAAGUAGAGCAAAAUCAGAGUCAAAAGAGCGGAAGUCACCACAAUCUGAGCCACAAAGAACCAGCUAUUCCACCCUUGGCUGCCGCCAAGGGCGUCGCCGCCCAAUUUCGCGGUUGCAAUCGAGCUGGUCCAAGUCAAUAUCCCGGAGAUGAGUCCAAACGAGAGGAAGAAGUAGAGAACCGCUCGCCGCAUCCCUUUCACCAAAUACCCGCUGCGCCUCAAUGCUGGAACUCCCCAGCUGGAUUCCGCCACGACGAUCACGGAGGAGAUAGACCAAUUUACUUUGAAAUAGAGGAGAACGGCGAGCAGGACGACGGAGUAGACGACGGCCAGUGCUAGGAAGUAGGGAGAAUCGGUGUCGAUUUCGAGACACACCAAGUCCAAACCCUUGAUUACGAAGUAGAAUGAGCAGAGGAAGAGAAGCGCCACCAGGGAAAGCAGGAGCUCGACGACGAUGUGGGUGAUGAAGAGACGGAAGAAGGAAGUCAACCCGGAUUUGAUGGCGGAGACGAACUUGACGGGUCGGCCAUAGAAUCCGUGGAGGACGCUGUAACUGAUGGAGCCGAUUGCGAGGAUAGUGAAGACGAAGAAGAAGAGGGCGAAGCAGGCCACGAGGGCAAGGGUUUCGAUUGGGAGUUGGAGGUCGUCGUCAUCGUGGUGGUGGUGGUGGUGGUGGCGGCGGGGGAAAUUGAACUGAUCGGAGGAUUGGGAGUUCAAUUGGGCGAGGCUGGGGAGGAGCGGCGGCGGACGGGAGAGGAGGGAUUUGGGGCGGUGGCCGGAGUGAUGGUGGAGGAGGAGGUUGUGGAUGGUGGAGAAGACGGUGACGGAGAAGGAGAGAGGGAGGAGGAAUAGGACGGAGAGGGCCAGGAAGUGGCGGGAGUGGGCGUUGAUUAUGCGCUUCGAUUCGGAUAAGACGGCGGAGAAGUCGAGCGGCAGGGGCGGCGGCGGUUGGGUUGACAUGGCGGUGGAGUGUGGAGGUGGAUGGUGACGAAGGGAGUAAGGAUGAAUAGAUGGAGAAAUCCGAUAGAUUGGAUUUUCAAGUAUCAAUAAAUUAGAAUGGGAGUGGAGUGCAAAGAAUUUGCGGUAUGGAAGUUUUGUCUUUUUCUGCGGCGGCCAAUCCUGACGGUAGUCGUUUGGGAAAAGUUGGCCAUAGAGCGAGGCUCCAAU